AAUCCCAAACUAUAUAAAUACAUAUAACUCUAUACUCACUCUCAUAACAUCACAUACAUAACAUAACUUUUAAUUUCUGUUGAAUUGUGAAAUGGAUUACAAGGAAGACUAUUUCUCCAACACUAACAGUGAUAAUUGUAAUGUUGUUCAUCAUGAUGCUACCCAUCAUAUAGCCAAGGGAAAACGGACCAAAAGGCUGAGGCUUUUGUGUGGCGGCACAACCCUCAUGACGGCGGCGUCUAGCUGUUCUAGCGCUUCCGGGGAUCAUGGCAGCGGCGAUGAUCACGGCUCGUUUUCGAUUUCUUCCACAACGAAUCAAGAGGAAGAAGAUAUGGCUAAUUGCUUGAUUCUUCUUGCUCAAGGAGGAGGAGAUUCUCAUCAAAAACCGCCACAAAUUGAUGAUCAAGAUGAAGAUGAUAACAAGAAGAUUAUUGAAAUCAAGAGUAGGAAAUUCUCGGAGAUUGAAACCGCCACCAUAAACAACAACAAGGUUGGUUUCUAUAUUUAUGAGUGCAAGACUUGUAACCGAACCUUCCCUUCCUUUCAAGCCUUGGGUGGUCAUAGAGCCAGUCACAAGAAGCCUAAGCUCACAACAAUCCCUGCCGCCGAGGACAAGAAACCACCACCACCGUCUCCGCCACCUCCACUGCCACCCCCACCACCGCAGCAACUUAUGAUGAACACCAAUUAUGACCAUAGCCAGCAGAUUGAAACUGUCCCUCCAAAUAAUAAUAAUCCAAUAAUUUCUCUACAGUUUGGGAGUGGGCAAAAAGGUCAUUUCCAAAACAACAAGCCCAACAAGAUUCACGAGUGCUCCAUAUGUGGCUCCGAAUUCACAUCCGGCCAAGCACUGGGUGGACACAUGAGAAGGCAUAGGGCUACAGCGGCCACAGCCGCCAAUAAUACUGCUCAGGCCAAUGUUGGCCUAAGCAGAAUUGAAGCAACUUCUACUGUUAUAACAACAACAGUAGAAGUUCAGCCUCGAAAUAUUCUAGAAUUGGAUCUCAACCUUCCGGCUCCGGAGGAAGACCUCCGGGAGCCAAAGUUUCAGUUUGCCACCGCGGCAACUAAGAAAUCUAUGGUGCUCUCAUCUGCUCCGGCUUUGGUGGACUGCCAUUAUUAGGCCAGGUUGGGAAGGGGUGGAAUUUUUAUUAUUUUGAUCAAUUAUGGAUCAAUGUGAAUUAUUAUUACUUAGCACUAUUUUUAAUUUACACAUUAUUCCCUAGCUAAUUAUCGAUUCUUUGGAAUUAUUCUUUGGUUUUAUUAAUAAUUGAGCAUUUUGAUUUUGAAUUAUAAAAAAUACGUGACAAUAUGAU